UUUCUUACAUACCUUCCCUGUUUCCACUGCUCUGUUAUAAAUUAAAAUUUUAAUAUACGUACCACUAAUUUAUUUAUUUAUUGUAGUACCUUUGAGCCGACCACAGACCUUGCAACAUAAAAUAUUGUCUGACAGGAAAUAGUAAUCUGUAUUCUGUGUGGCUGGGUUUAGUUGACAUUUUUAAUUUUCAAAUUGUGUUUUGGCGCCCAAAUAUUGAAUUGAAUUGAGUUUAUUUUACGUGCAUAUCUCGUUGUAGCUUUUUAAUAAAUGAAAUAUAGAUUGCGAUUAAACUAUGCAAUGCCAAAAGAAUUCUAACAACCCCGAUGAGAAUUGUUUGAGUUUGAUGAACGAUUCGUUACUGCAGGACUACAAAACUUCGCUAACUAGCGCUUCAAAUUUAAUUUCAAACACAAUACUGAAAGAUGUAGUUUUCAAUAAUUUUUCAAAGAACGACAAAGUUCUCGAUUGUAUUCUGGAUUCAGCAAACUCGCUUACUCAAAACAAUCAAGAAAAUAAUUGUGCUACUUGGAGGAGUUCCCUAAGUACCUUCAAUGAUCCAGUCACGUUAUUCGAAAAAUCGUUAUCCGCCUGUAAAAAAUGUGACAAACAGAAAUAUUCAGGCUUGCAGCAUUUUAUUAAAAACGAAUGCAAAUGUAAAAACACAGCUGGAAACACACAAAAUGAAAACUUUUCUAUUAAACCACAAUUAUCCGACAAUUCUAGUCAAGAGAGGUCUGGUGAUGAACAGAAAACAUGUAAACCUAAAUUUAAUAGAUUAAGAUCAAAACGACCCGUUAAUACUACUUCCAUAGACUCAUAUCCAGAUUUUGACGAUGUACGCAAAGCUAAAACAGAAAAUAACUUAACAAUUGAAGAGGAAGAGGAUAAGGCUCAUAAACAACAGAUUGCUAAAAUAACAUUUAAAACAGCUAAAGAGCAGCUGUUAUCUUCAAACCCAGCAGCUAAAAGGACAUUAGGUGCUUCGAGGAAGGCUCAAGCUAAAUUUGUGUCACCUAUGCUGGGAGCACAAGAUAAACAAGAAUCAAAUGAACCGACAAUAACUGAUGAGAGAUUGAAACACAUUGAUCCUAAAAUGAUAGAAUUGAUUGAAAGUGAAAUUAUUGAUAAGGGAACUCCUAUAGGUUGGGAAGAUAUAGCAGGUUUACAAAUGGCCAAAUCAGUGAUACAAGAAGCGGUAGUGUGGCCGUUGCUUCGACCAGACAUAUUUACUGGUUUGAGACGACCACCCAAAGGCAUUCUACUAUUUGGUCCUCCAGGCACUGGCAAGACAUUAAUUGGUAAAUGCGUAGCAGCGCAAUGUCGAGCGACAUUCUUUAGUAUAUCGGCAUCGUCACUAACGUCCAAGUGGAUAGGUGACGGCGAGAAGAUGGUGCGAGCGUUAUUUGCUGUUGCCAGGUGUCACCAACCCGCUGUAAUAUUUAUAGACGAAAUCGAUUCGCUAUUGACACAACGAAGCGAUAGCGAACACGAAGCGACGCGCAGAAUCAAAACAGAAUUUCUAGUGCAAUUUGAUGGUGCAGCUACUGGUGAAGAAGAUCGCCUACUAAUAGUGGGCGCCACAAAUCGUCCGCAAGAGUUGGACGAAGCCGCGCGGCGCAGGCUUGUCAAGCGACUCUACAUACCUCUGCCUGAUGUUGAGGCACGUCAACAAAUAAUAUCCAACCUGCUACAAACAGAGAACAACGAUCUCACAGCCUCUGAGAUGGAAGAAAUAGCAAAACUAACAGACGGCUAUUCCGGUGCUGACAUGAAGUCGCUCUGUUCUGAAGCCGCUAUGGGACCAAUACGGGCUGUGCCGCUGUCGCAAAUUAUCAGCAUUGAUAGGAAUAAGGUACGCCCAGUAAAUGCUCAAGAUUUUAAAGCUGCACUACAACGCGUGCGACCCAGUGUGUCACAGGACGAUUUAGGACAGUAUGUGAAGUGGGACCAAACGUAUGGACAGGGAUUUUAAGUGUUUUGUAAUAAAUUAUUAUAAAUGGAAAA